GAUCUUUUAACCUCGUCAAGUAAUACGUAAACACUUCAAAACUUGAUCUUCUCCUUAAAUUUUAAAUCUUGAUAAGAAACAUUUGUACUCUUAAUGAUGUAAAAUAAUUAUUAAAUAAGCAAUAAUAAUUGGAAUUGUAUAUACACAAAACAAGAUUAAAAUAAUUAAGAAAAAAAUCAUGGCUGCAAACUCUGUUCUGAGAAAUUGGAGGAACUUACGUUCCAUCAGUAUUAAUUGUUAUGCCACAUGGAUCAGAUCCAAGCAUCUAAAGCACAUUGGGGCAGGAGUCUUAACAGGACUCGCAGCAUAUAGUGUAUCUAGCUUUACAGUCCUGGCGGCACAGAAUGACUUGCACAAUUAUGUUAAAAGUUUUAUGGCAGAGCCUAUUACAGCUGUUGCAAAAUUACAAAAAAGCGAAAAUAGUAUGAGAUCAAAGAUGGAAUUGCUGGUGAUGAAAACACAAGCAGACUUCUGCAGAGCCCUUGAGUCACUGGAAAGCGAUGGAGCUUCCUUCACAGUGGAUCGCUGGACUAGGAAAGAAGGUGGCGGCGGUAUUACUUGCGUGCUGCAGGAUGGACAAGUAUUCGAAAAGGCUGGCGUUAACGUUUCUGUGGUAACUGGCGUAUUACCACCGAGCGCGACUCAACAGAUGAAAGCACGCGGCAAAAAGAUGGAAGAUUCAGUGCCGUUCUUCGCAGCCGGCGUGAGCGCCGUGAUUCACCCUCGCAAUCCUAUGAUUCCUACGAUUCACUUCAACUACCGCUACUUCGAGACAGAGAAUCCGGACGGUACCGUUCAGUGGUGGUUUGGCGGUGGCACAGAUCUUACUCCAUAUUAUUUGGACGAGGAAGACGCCAAGCACUUUCACAAGACGCUGAAGACUGCGUGCGACAAGCACAAUUCUUCCUAUUACACCAAGUUUAAGGAGUGGUGUGAUAAUUACUUCAACAUCGUGCACCGAGGAGAGCGCCGUGGCGUGGGCGGGAUAUUCUUUGACGAUCUCGACACUCCGAGUCAGAAUGAGGCGUUUCAAUUCGUGACUUCCUGCGCCGAGGCAGUCAUUCCGUCAUACAUUCCUUUGAUAGAAAAGCACAAGAACGACGGCUAUGGAUAUAACGAGAGGCAGUGGCAAUUGUUACGACGAGGUAGAUACGUCGAGUUCAAUUUGAUCUACGAUCGCGGCACCAAGUUUGGCUUGUACACACCUGGCGCGCGAUACGAAAGUAUACUCAUGUCUUUACCCUUAAACGCCAAAUGGGAAUAUAUGCACGAGCCAAAGAUUGGUUCGAAAGAGUCGCAGCUUCUGGAGGUGCUGAAAAAUCCAAAAGACUGGCUGGACGAAGCGAAGUCGGGCAACGUGUAAAUGUAAAUCUUAAUUCUGGAAGUGACUUUGAGUUAAAAAAAUUAUGGACAGAUAUAAGGUAAUAUUGUAAAUAGAGAUUAUUUUGCUACACAAUUUUGAGAUUUAAAAAUGUAAUGGAAAUAUAUAAGUCAGUGAUAUUUUAAGAGUUGAGUUUACAGAUAUAUAAAUGCAGAUUGUUACGUCAUUCAAACUUCAAACGUUUAGGAUGUUUAACAUGAGUCGAUGCAGUGCUUCCAUAAAGUAUUGAAUGUUAUAAAGGUAUGUUAUAAAUAAUUCUAUAGAAUAAAUACACUCAGAUUUUGUACAAUAUA